ACUAGCCCUGUCAACCACAACGUCACACGUCAGCCGGUCGUGGCUGCCCGCGGCGUCGCGCACACAAUGGCACCCAGUGCAGACAGUAUCAGCGCAGACAGCAUCGCCGCCUGCGUCCUGUCGACCUUUGAGCAGCUGCCGGACAAGCGCAAGCCGCGCCCGCGCAGCGACGGCUCUCGUGAAUGGGUGCCGCUCAGCGGCAUUGUUCUGUCCAAGGCAAGAUGGCAAGCUCCAGUGUGUAUCCUUAGGGACUGGCAUGAAAUGCCUGCCGCAGAACAAGCUCACUGCCGCACAUGGCAACGUCCUCCACGAUUGGCACGCUGAGGUCGUUGCCGUCCGCACCUUCAACCGCUUCUUGCUGGAGGAAUGCUUGCGCAUCUCGGACCCACUCUCGCAUUCGCAUUCGGACAUUCUCCAGCAACGUCCGCGCGGAGUAACAGAUGACGAGCCUCAACGUUUCACCAUUGCUGAAGAUGUGCAAAUCCACAUGUACUGCUCUGAAGCACCCUGUGGUGAUGCUAGCAUGGAGUUGACCAUGGACGCUCAAGACGAUGCAACACCAUGGACCAGUGCGCCGCCGACCAUCACAUCUGAAGCUCUGCCAGACAGUGCAGGCGCACUGCGGGGCCGCUCCAACUUCUCCCUCCUCGGUGCUGUCCGCUGCAAACCGUCCCGUCCUGAUGCCCCGCCUACACUCAGCAAGUCUUGCACUGACAAGCUUGCAUUGAAGCAGGCAACUUCGAUACUUUCGUCGGUCACAUCGACAUUGAUAUCACCACGGAAUGCGUACAUCCACUCACUGAUUUUGCCAGCGUCGCAGUAUGUGCCUGCUGCAUGUGACCGAGCGUUUUCUCGAACAGGUCGACUGGGGGGACUGACUGACGAGUCUGUACGCAGCUGGCGUGGAGGCUACAGAUGGCAGCCCUUCGAGGUCAGGCCGACAGCCAAAGAGUUUGUCUGGAGUCGGCGUGGUGUCGCGGCAAACGAGAAGGCGGUUGCAAGUAACCUCAGUGCAGUCUGGGCGCCCCUGUGGCAGGAAACGCUCAUUGGCGGCGUCUUGCAGGGUAGGAAACAAACCGAUCCGAGGGGUGCGAGUAGAAUUUGCAGGAGGAGUGCGUGGAUGCUCGCGGUGCAGAUUGCCGGCCUUGCCGGGGCGCCGGCGGUGCUCGAAGCACUCACUAAAGUCGUGUAUGGUGAUAUCAAACACGACACUGCCCUGGAAGCACGAAGGGUGGUGAAGAAAGACACUCAGGAGCAUGGCCUCGGAGGAUGGGUGAAGAACGUAGGCGAUUCGGACUUCGCCCUCGACAACCCUCAAUCAUAGCCCUCUCGAAUAU